AUGGAAAACCUCGCGGAGAACGAUAUGCUCGUCGAUGAGUACGACCAAUACCCCAAUGAGAAGACUACCGAUGUCGUUGUCUCGAGUCCCGGCUCCGACGAGCCUACUCCUCCCUCCGCCGCCGACCUGGAAUCAUGCCUGGAUGCGAUCGCUGGUCUUUCCAGCCGUCCCUCUUCUCCCCUUCAUGACCAACCUGCUGGUUAUGACCCCGCGCAGAUCCCAGAGAAUGUAGCUGACCCAUCUUCGUCCGGACCUUCAGAUGAAGCCAUGAUGGCUCGAGUGCUCCCCAAGAACCCCGAUCAUGAGACGGUAGAGGAAAUUCACAACACAUGGCAUAUCCAGGAUUGGAGGAAGCUAGAGAAAAAGAUCCAUGGCCCCGUCUUCAAGUGCGGCGAGACCCCUUGGCGCAUUCUCUUUUACCCCUACGGUAACAACGCCGAACACGCUUCCUUCUAUCUGGAGCACGCCUGGGAUGGCGAGCCCCCCCGAGAAUUGUUCGCUCUGGUCCUGUCGAACGUGAAAGACCCGUCAAUCUACGUGUCCCAUGUUGCGACUCACCGAUUCACCGCCGAGGAGGGAGACUGGGGGUUUACCCGCUUCUAUGAUCUUCGAAGUCUCUUCAAUGAGGCGUGGGAAAACAAGGGCGUCCCGCUGGUCCAGGACGAUGAGGCGAAUAUCACCGCCUACGUUCGCGUUGUCAAGGACCCGACCGGUGUCCUCUGGCAUAACUUCCAGAAUUACGAUUCCAAGAAAGAGACUGGCAUGGUUGGACUGAAGAACCAGGGUGCUACUUGCUACCUGAACUCACUCAUCCAGUCGCUCUAUUUCACCAACGCUUUCCGCAAAGCUGUAUACCAAAUCCCCACUGACGAGGAGGCCUCGCGGGAGAACAGCGCCUGGACUCUUCAGAGACUCUUUUAUAACCUGCAGACUAGUGAUUACGCCGUCUCCACGACAGAACUGACCACGUCGUUUGGCUGGGACUCGCGUCAAGCUUUCGAGCAACAGGAUGUCCAGGAGCUGUCCCGAAAGCUCAUGGAACGUUUGGAAGAGAGGAUGAAAGGCACUGUUUCCGAAAAGGCCCUACCUCAACUGUUUGUUGGAAAAACAAAGACCUAUAUCUCUUGCAUCAACGUUGACUACGAAUCCUCCCGCGUGGAAGACUUUUGGGAUAUCCAACUGAAUGUCCGCGGUAACAAGACCCUGGAUGACAGUUUCCGAGAUUACAUUCAGGUGGAAACACUCGAGGGCGAGAACAAGUACGAUGCUGGUUCCCCCUAUGGCCUGCAAGACGCCAAGAAGGCUUCCCCCCCUGUUCUGCACCUUCACCUCAAACGAUUCGAAUACGACCUCAACCUCCUGACCAUGAUGAAAGUCAACGACCGACAUGUUUUCCCUAUGGAAUUUGAUGCUGCCCCUUACCUGUCUGAAAAUGCCGACAAGUCCGAGCCCUGGACUUAUGAGUUGCACGGUGUACUUGUUCACAGCGGUGGUUUGGACGCUGGUCACUACUACGCUUUCUUGAAACCCACCAAGGAUGGUGACUGGUAUCGAUUCGACGAUGACCGUGUGAACCGCGUUACGGAGAAGGAAGUGUUGGAAGAAAACUACGGUGGCGAAUACGAGAAUGCGAAUGGCGGAGUGCGUCAACCUUACACACGCACGUAUUCGACCAAGCGUUCAAUGAACGCCUACAUGUUGGUUUACGUCCGAAAGACGAGAUCAGACGACGUCCUUCUUCCCAUUGAAAAGGACGACGUACCUUCUCACAUUGGACAAAGCGGAGAUGCUUCGCAAGAAAAGGAGAGAGACGAGGCUCACCUCUAUAUGAAUGUUGGCGUCAUAAAUGAGCAGACUUUCCAGUCACACCACGGAUUCGACUUGUUCAGUCCAGACUCGCAAGAUGACGACCCAGCCUUGCCUGCGCAAUACCGUGUCCUGCGGACCAAGAAGAUUGGCGAAUUCGCAAAGGAUAUCGCCGAGGAGCGCGGUCUCAAGGAAGAAUCGAUCCGAUUCUGGGCAAUGGUCAAUCGCCAAAACAAGACAGCUCGCCCCGAUCAAGUCAUUCGCGAUUCGGAUCUUACCGUGGAGGAAGCCUACACCAAAUACGGUACAAAGGGACACUUUUUCAGACUCUGGAUGGAGGUUGCAGCGCCUGGACCCGAUGGCCAACUGGCCCCUUGGGAAGAAGACACAGUCCUAGUUUUCCUGAAGAAUUUCGAUGUUGUCACCCAGACUUUGUCUGGCGUCGGCGCUGUCUACGUCCGCAAGAACCAAAAGGUGUCAGAGCUGGCAUCCCCUAUUCUCGAGAGAAUGAAGUGGCCGGCGGGUACAGACUUCACAUUGUAUGAGGAGAUCAAGCACAACAUGAUCGACCUGAUGAAGCCCAAGCAGACCUUCCUACAGUCCGAGAUUCAAGACGGUGACAUUAUCACCUUCCAGCGCGCAUUGAAGGAGUCCGAGAUUCCCGCCACGGCGCUUUACACGGAUGCCCGACAAUUCUACGACCAUCUUCUCAACCGCAUGGAUGUUUCAUUCGCCCCCAUUAGGAAUGGCGAAGGCGGUGAAUUCUCUCUGACGCUGAACCGGAAGAUGAAUUACGAUCAGGUGUCAAAGAAGGUUGGCGAGUAUCUGCAAGUGGAACCGACUCAUCUGCGGUUCGCGCCUGUGAUGGCUACUAGUGGUAAACCCAAGGCGUUCUUGAAGCGAUCCAGCACCUCAACCCUCAACCAAAUCCUCAGCGGCCAAUAUGGGGCCUACGGCUACUCCAUGCAUCGGAACGAUGCUCUCUACUACGAGGUUUUGGACAUGAGCCUCAGCGACUACGAGAGUAAGAAGAGCUUAAAGGUGACAUUACUUCCCGAGGGAAUCACGAAGGAGGAAAUUGUCGAGGUCUUGGUUUCUCGCAAUGGAACCGUCGCCGAGCUUCUGGAAUCGCUCCAGAAGAAGGCCAAUAUCGACGAUGAAACCACUCGCGAACUGAGAAUUCUCGAAGUGCACAGCGGGAAAAUCUAUAAGGUGCUGCGUGACGACGCCAAUGUCGCAGCUAUCAAUGAGUACUCCACACUUUACGCCGAAAGGAUCCCUGCCGAAGAACUCAACCUGGAGGCCGAUGACCGGGUUAUUGGAGCCUUCAACUUUGACAAGGAGCCUACUCGUACUCACGGCGUCCCUUUCAAAUUUGUUAUCAAGCAGGGUGAAAUUUUCAAGGAGACCAAGGAACGCUUGUCUAAGCGGACCGGCAUCAAGGGCAAGCCUUUCGAGAAGAUCAAGUUUGCAGUUGUGCCGCGCGCUUCCUUCUCGACCCCUAAAUAUCUUGAAGCUGACGACAUCCUCUCCGACAUGGCGGGUUCUGAUGACUACCUUGGGCUCGACCAUGUCAGCAACAAAUCUCGAAGCUUCUGGUCCAAGAGCGAGAGUUUCUCCAUUCGAUAA